AUGAUGGAAACUAAAUUAUUUGCAUCGGAAAAUGAACUCGAUGUUUUUACUCAUACGAAUAUUCCGACGAUUCCCAUAACACUUAAUUCAGUUUCGAUUCGAAUUAUUUUUAGUAACGCUAUUCAUUUAUCCGAGGAAUGCUAUUCGACGAAUUCAGCCAUUUAUUUUCAACUUGUCGAAUUUCGGAAAUUUCUUAUUUUGUUACAUGAUGAUAUUAUAAGUGUUGAGGAAAUCACUAAUAAUGAUUUCACUGAGAGUGAAAAACUUCCUAAUAUAUAUCUCGAAAUAAUAGCAUACCCGAUAAUUAGUGGUAAACGCCAGCGUCUACAAAUAAGGUUCAAUUUUAGUGACAAAUCUCUCGCAGAAUGUUGGAAAACUUACAUCAGUAAGAAAAUUGAUCCACCUUUACCUCCUCAUUUUCAACGAAAGAUUAGUCGAAAACGUAAAAUCCUUGUUUUGGUCAAUCCCUUUGGUGGUCAAAAGAAUGCAAAGAAAAUAUGGCAAAAUUACAUUGCUAGAAUUUUCCAGGAAAGCCAUAUAGAUUAUGAUUUGAUUGUAACAGAGCGCGAAAAACACGCAAUAGAAAUAGCAAGAUGUAUGGAUUUGGAUGAGUACGAUGCUGUGGCUGUGAUUAGUGGUGAUGGUCUCAUCAAUGAAAUCAUCUCUGGUUUAUUACUACGACCUGACCGUAUCAGGGCAAUGAAAUUUCCAAUCGCUCAUAUUCCAGGUGGCACUAGUAACGCACUUGCUGCUUCUAUUUGCUUUCAAUGCAAUGAACCAUUUUCACCUCGCAAGCCAUUUUUUUUGGAAGCAGCACUGAUGAUUUGUAGACCUCGAUAUCUUCCCUUGCGCAUUUGCUCUGUGCAGACGGAAAAGGAUGGUGAUAGACCAAUGUUUCUGAGCGUUACAUGGGGUUUGUUGGCUGAUAUAGAUAUAGGAAGUGAACGAUUUCGAUGGGCCGGUUUAGCGAGAUUGCAUAUUGAAGCAUUUUUAAGAAUUAUGCGUUGGCAUCAUAUCGCUCGCAAAGCUUUUGGAAAGGAUCAUUUCAGAUAUGAUGAAAUAUCACACUUUUCAUCUGAAAAUGAUAUUAAUGUUAAUAACAGUCACGUUAAUGACGAAAAAAUUCCCCUUCUGAACGAACAAAUUCCUGAACAUUGGACUUCAGUCGAAGGCGAAUAUGUUUUUGUUUGCAUCACAAAUUUAUCUCAUUUAGGAAGUGAUGUUCCUUACAUUCCUUCGUCACGACUUGAUGAUGAUUAUUUUUUCUUGUCUUAUGUGGAUUGGAAGUUGGUGAAAUCUCGCUUCCAAAUUAUGCAAAUGAUGUUAGAAAUGUGUAACUCAGGCCAUCUGGAUUAUUCUUGCUUUCAGGUAAUACCUGUAAAAGCCUGUCGGGUCGAACCAAAAGAUGGUUGUGGUGGUUAUCUUUCCAUCGAUGGUGAACCAAUUAGUCCAGGAACGACUUUUCAAGUGGUGCCAUUUGGCUGCGUCACUAUUGUUGGUAGAAAUGAAGUGAAAUCUGCACAUAGCACAUAA